AUGUCUCUGGAUUUCAAUCCAAAUCUAUCGGCACAAGAGCUAGUCAACAUUUUACCGAAUGGCGUUGCUAUAAUCACUCGCCAAUACAAAUUAAUAUCCGCCAGCCGCCGGUUCCAGGAGCUAAUUCCAUGCCCAAAUACGAAUUUUCGCGAGUGUUGGCUGCGGUCGAUCCAUUCGGACGAUCAAGAACGAGCUGCCGUUAAGUUCCGUGACGCUACGAACGAUAAAAGAAAAACGCUGCGUAUCGAAUAUCGCACCUCUGGGAAAAAUAUCGUGUGGUGCGCAUUAACUCUGGAGCCGUUAGAGAGUGCGGACCUUCAAUGCUUUGGUUUGGGUGGGGAUGGCGGCUUCGUUUGUACGGUCGCAGAUAAGACAUCAGAAAAGACAGCCGAGAUUGUUCAGCGGGAGGCGGCGGAGGAAGCGCGGGAAUCUAAGAAACAACAAGAGCGAUUCAUCGAUAUGAUCAGUCAUGAGAUUCGAAAUCCUCUCUCGGCGAUCUUGCACUGUACCGAGGAUAUCAUCGAGGCAAUAUACGAUAAGAAGCCGAGUGAAGUCUCGACACCGGAUAUCGCCGAGGCUGCAGAGACAAUCGGGAUUUGCAUUGCUCACCAGAAGAAGAUUGUCAAUGAUGUUCUUACCUUUUCAAAACUCGACGCAUCUAUGCUCACGCUUUCACCAAGAAGCGCACAGCCGAAACAACAUCUCACGAGCCCACUUGCGAUCUUUCGACCCGAGACCCGCAAGCUCCAUAUUCAUUUUGAUUAUAAAGCCGACGUGUCUUAUGGCGACGUUGGUAUUGAUUGGGUAAUGGCUGACCUUGAUCGGAUGGGCCAGGUCCUUGUUAAUCUGCUCUCAAACGCAGUCAAAUUUACCGCGGAAUCUAAGAAUAAGCGAACGAUCCGAGUUUCAAUAGGGGCGGCGAUAGAGCGACCAUCCUCAUAUCCGCCAAACGUGGUCUUCUUCGAGUCUGGAGAUGAAGCAUUAAGGGAGGAUGCAACGAAUACACCCGAAUGGGGAUCUGGGGAAGUGGCAUACGUUAUGGUAGCCAUCAAGGACUCGGGGAUUGGGAUUAGCGAUCAAGCCCAAAAAAAGCUUUUUGAGCGUUUCAAUCAAGCAACUCCCAAAACCGAGAGUGUCUAUGGUGGUUCUGGUCUUGGUCUCAAUGUUUCCAGGAAAUUGUGCCAUCUACAUGGUGGCGAAAUCGGAGUCAGUUCCAAAGAAGGACAAGGAAGCACCUUUGGAUUCUUUUUCAAAGUGCGCCGAAGUGUUAAACCAAGCGACAGCGCAGCUAAUAGGCAGGAAGGGUCUAAAAUUGAUCAGUUGACAUCUCAAAUCCAAGCACUGGGCAACGAAAUGAGUGGAGUCAAUCAAACGACUACAGAGCCCGUGAUAUCAAAGGAUCCAGCUGUGACAAGGACCAGAGAAUCAGAGCCCGGCGCCAUUGAUGAUGAAAGAACAGUUCAUACAAGCCAGCUAGCUUCCCAAGUCACCAAGGAAAAUCCGAGUGCUAUUUAUAACGAAAAUCAAAGCACGAAAUGCCAUGUUCUCUUAAUUGAGGAUAAUGCCAUCAAUAGGCGGAUCCUUUCUCGAAAACUGAAGUCUAAAGGAUUCCAGAUUUCAGAGGCUGUCAAUGGACAGGAAGGGGUCAAUGCCGCCCGUGCCACCAAAUUUGACUGCAUAUUAAUGGAUCAAGAGAUGCCAGUGAUGAAUGGCUGUACGGCAGCUAGGGCAAUUCGUGAUGCGGAGAAGGGUGGCCCUCGACAUGUUCCGAUACUUGGGGUGACGGCGAAUGCCAGGGCGGAGCAGGACAAUGAACUGUUUGAAGCUGGCAUGGAUUAUAUCAUCCAUAAGCCUUACAGUAUGAAGGAUCUGAUUGAGAAGAUAAACCAAUUCUCCAAGCAGUCCAAAGCAUAG